AUGUUAGGUACCCUGGAAGAUUUACAGAAAUCUAACUGGAAGGCACAUAUUCAAGCAUUAGUGCAUGCCUAUAAUUCUACCCGACAUGAAAGCACGGGGCUUACACCCCACUUUCUAAUGUUCGGACGGCAUCCACGUCUUGCCAUCGACGCCUUCCUCGGAAUCCAGCCUGAUGAUCAACCCAAGUCUACUGAUCAUUCUAACUAUGUUCGUGACCUUCAAAAGCGUCUGAACUUUGCCUACAAAGUUGCCACCAGAGAGUCAUUGCGACAAUCAAGACGGCAUAAGAAACGUUAUGAUAUUCGAGUACGGGAGGCCAAACUAGAAUCAGGAGACAGAGUCCUGGUGAGGAACGUUGGUUUGAAGGGAAAGCACAAGCUUGCUGAUAAGUGGGGAAGAGACGUGUAUAUUGUGGUGGAGCAACCAAAUCCUGAUGUGCCUGUAUUCCUUGUGAAGAAGGAGCAUGGAAGAGGAAAUCCCAGAACUGUACAUAGGAAUCUCCUUUUACCCUUCUCAGGUCUUCCUCUCAAAAACACAGUUGAAUCUGAUGCUUCUUUUUCUUGUACCAAACCAGUGCACACUGUAGACACAACUAGUAUUUCUAAAACUCCUGCUCCCAACUCCCCAUUAUCUGUUGAGAAAUAUAUCAUUCCUCAAAAACGCAAGUCCACUCUUAAUCCAUGUGCAUUACCCUUUGUCCCAGACCGUGUUGCUAGAAAAAGAAAGCCGCCAAGUUGGUUAACAUCAACUUAUUGGGUGACAUAG